CUCGCUGUUGCGGCAGAGCAAUCCAAAGCUGACUCAACGAAGCACAAAGAAGGUGGAGAGGGAGACGCAGAGCACGGUGCUGAUGAAGAGUAUGAACCGGAUGUGCAUUUUGCUCCAGUGGUUCCUCUUCCAGACCUUGUAGAUGUAAAAACCGGUGAAGAAGAAGAGCAGGUCGUGUUUGUUGCUAGGGCGAAACUUUUCCGUUUCAUCAAGGAGACCAAAGAGAAUAAAGAGCGUGGUGUUGGUGAUCUCAAGAUACUUCGUAAUCCUAAAAAUAAUGCUCAUCGCGUGGUGAUGCGCCGCGAACAAUCUGAUGCAAAUUUCGCUUAUCUACCCACAAUUGAAUUGAAUGAAAAGAAGGGAAUGCCAAACGUCUACAACUGGAUAUGUCGCGAUUAUUCGGAAUCAAAUGAGGGUGUGGAUGAGAUAUUUACGGCGAAAUUCAAAACAGCUGAAAUUGCCAAGGAAUUCCACGACAAGUUCAAGGAAGCUGCGGCGGCGCAUCCGAGUGCCUCCAAAUAG